AUGAAGCGCCUAAAACGCAUUUUCCAUUCCGCAGCCACGGCGGUGGCGGCUGUGAAAGGCCCGACGGGCUCGAUAAGGAUGGUACACGCAGCAGCUUCAUCCUUCUCUUCAAAAGAAUCUUUUAUUCCGGAGGGUGUGACCGGCAUGACGGAGCUGGAUCGCAGCAAGUUUAACAAAGACGUCUGCCUCCCGUUCAUCCGGGUUGGCCCGGCGAUCCUUGGCAAAAUUAACCGCACGCCGACGUGGGAUUUGCUGCGGAAAUAUGGUCUGCGGAAACUCGGAAAUUACAUGAUGGUGAUGCCCGAUCCAGACGACAAGGAACAGCGCUGUAUAAUGUUCAACCCGUCUAUCAUGGGCGAGGAAGAGCGGAAGCUGAUCCUCGACGCACUGAAGAAACACACUGAGGAUGAGCUGAAGUUUGAAGAACGCCAGACGACCGUAACAUAUGAAGAUCUUGAUACACGAGCGCUCUUCCAGGCCGUGCUGCCCGGUGGAGUCAAUUUCAGCGGCUUCACCCACACGGGCCCCGUGAUCCACUGCAACAUUCGCGACGAGCUGAUGCCCUAUCGAUUCGUGAUUGGCCAGAUUUUGCUGGAUAAAGUGAGAUCGUGCAAGACGGUCGUCAACAAAAUCGAUUGUAUCAAGUCGGAGUACCGGAAUUUCGAGCUCGAACUCCUGGCCGGCGAGCCGAAUUACAUCGUCGACGUCAUUGAGGAGAAAAUGGUUUUCAGGCUCGAUUUUAGCAAGGUUUUCUGGAACUCUCGACUCAGCAACGAGCACAAGCGGAUUGUGAAUCUUUUGGAUGGCAGGAGUCUAGUGUACGACGCAUGCGCUGGCGUGGGCCCCUUCAUCCUGCCGGCCGCCAAGAAGAAGAAGUGCCGCAAGCUGUUCGCCAACGACUUGAACCCGGACAGCACGGCCUAUCUGAUCGAGAACAUUGACCUGAAUAAAAUUGAUCCGAAUAACCUUGAAGUUUUCACCAUGGACGCCGUUCAGUUUAUACGCGAGAUUGCCGCCGACGAUAUAUUGAAGGAAAUCGAAAAAUGCAAGGACCCGACGUGGACGCCUCCAAGCGGCGCGCACAUCGUCAUGAAUCUGCCCGGCUAUGCCGUCAACUUCCUGCCGGCGUUUCGGGGACUUCUUCACGGCCGUUUCUCCGAGGACGAAUUGCCAUUCCCGAUUACGGUUUAUUGUUAUUUGUUUAUCAAGGCCCUCGGCGAGCCGCAUUCAACGUUCGUCGAGAAGGCUCGAGAAGUUGUACUGGAAAAAUUGGGAUGGGACAAAGCUGAGAUCUCCCACAUUCACCACGUCCGCACCGUGUCCAACUUCAAGGAAAUGUUUUGCGUUCAGGUAAAGCUCCCCGUCGAUCUGCUCAAGGCCGAACCCAACGAAUCCGUCGAGCCACCCACAAAACGCGGACGACUUGCCGACGACGCCGAAGACGAU